GAGAAGCCGAGGGAAGAAGAAAUAUUUCUGAAUAUACCAGACUGCCCUUUCACAGUUUCUCCAUUUUGCUGUCUGUCGUCUUUGACUGUUUCCCAUGAGACUCUCGGGAACGCAGGUGCAGGGUCCCGGUUCACAGUUGUCGUCUCCAGGGCUGGGUACCUGCUCUCCCCAGCUUUGUCUCCAGGCUGUGUGCUCAGACUUGACCAUGUUUGGGCAUGGAGGCAUGUCCCAGAUGGAGACCAAAGGGUGCUUCCCUGGAGACGGGCUGGGAGGCCAAACUUCCUGCUGGAGCGCAGCGGCCUCUUUUGGGGUGGGGGCUGGGGACAAGGCAGAAAGAAACCAUCUGCAGACCGAUCAUCGGCAGGGCACGGGGGAGACUAAAUGACUGCUGCCCCCAGUGGACAUGGGAAAGAAACUGGUGAUGGCCCAGAGGCGCGGAGAGACUCGAGCCCUGUGCCUGGGUGUGACCAUGGUGGUGUGUGCCGUCAUCAGCUACUACAUCCUGGGUACUGCUAUGCUGCCCCUCUACCAGAAAAGCGUGUGGACCCAGGAAUCCACGUGCCACCUGAUUGAGACCAACAUCAGAGACCAGGAGGAGUUGGAGGGCAAGAAGGUGCCCCUGUACCCAUGCCUCUGGGUCAAUGUGUCUGCUGUGGGCAGGUGGGCAGUGCUGUACCACACGGAGGACACCCGGGACCAGAACCAGCAGUGCUCCUACAUCCCGGACAGCCUGGACAACUACCAAAUGGCCCGAGCCAAAGUGGAGAAGGUCAGAGCCAGAUUCCAUGAGCACCAGGUCUUCUACUGCUUCUCAACGCCUCAGGAGAACGAGACCAGUGUCCUGUACCGGCGCCUCUAUGGGCCCCAGGCCCUCCUCUUCUCCCUCUUCUGGCCUACCUUCCUGCUGACUGGUGGCCUCCUCAUUAUUGCCAUGGUCAAGAUCAACCAGUCCCUCUCCAUUCUAGCGGCCCAGAAGUAGACCCAACCACACCAUACCACCGCUCGGGCCUCAGGGGACCAGGUGGGUCUCCAGGGCUUCUCCCUACAUGCAUCCCAUGCCUCCUCCAUCUGCCCUUCCUCUCUCCUUCUCCACUCUGUCCUGCCUUCCACUGCAUGACUGACUUU